AUGUAUAAUAAUACAAGUCCAAUAAGACAUUAGAUAAUAUAAGGUCAUCCAAAUAAGUCAGUAUCUCCAGUAUCAAAAUUUUAAAUAAUGGGAAAUAUUCAACCAUCUCUUGGAAUGAAAACUGUUCUUAAACCUAAAAUUUAUGAAGUAGUUGAAGUGCCUUUAAAUCAUUAUACAUCAGUACCAACUUUUCAAGCUCCUUAAUAAUUGCAAUAUGAUCAAGAUUUGCAAAGGAAAAUUAGAUAAGUGGAAUAGGAAUCUUUUAUUUGUAGACAGAAAAUUGAGUAAGAUUAAAAAAUUGAUAAAUUUUAACAGCUCAAUGAAAAAAUUAGAUAACAAUAAUUAGAAAUAGAGAGACUCAAAUCAGUUAAUGAUCCAAACUUAAGAUUGCUUAAAGAAUAAUGUGAUUAUUAUUUCAAUCAAUCUUAGUAGGCAGAAUUGGAUAAAAAUGUAAUAAUUUAUUAUUCAUAAUGAUAUAUAGGAAUUAAACCUAAGACUCAAAUAAUAUGAAUAGUAAAUGUAAAAGAUUUAACAAUAAUAAUUAAAUUAUGGUGAGAAGGAUGCUAAAUAUAAUCAAUUAUUCAAUGAAUAUGAAUAAUUAAAAUAGAAGUUUUAAAUUCUUGAAUCAUAAUCACAAUAAUAAAUAGAUAAAUAAAAAAGUGAAUAUGAUAGAAUAUAUAAUUAGCAUUUCUCAUAAAUCAAAUAAAAGUAAAGUUCUUAAUUAUUCAAUAGUUCUGAAUUAAGAAGCAAGUAAUUUGAUGAUUAGAUAAUGAAAUUAUAAGAAGAAUUAGAUAAUGCUAUUAAAGAAGCUGAAGUGUGGAGAUAAAAAUAUCAUAAAGAAGAACUUAAUCAAAUGAAUCAUACAAAACGAAUUAAUGAAUUAGAAUUAACUAAUUUACAUUAGAAUAAAGAAAUUGAAAGACUUUAAUAAUAAAAUAUAAUGAAAUAAUAAGAAAAUGAUUCUCUUUAAUAGAAAAUUAAUUAUCUAGAAUUCCAUUAUUAAUAAAUCUCAUCCCAAGGAUUAGAUAGUGAAAUUAAAAGACUUAAAGAAUAAUUAGAAUGUAGGUAAAGAGAGAUUGAUGAUUUAAAAAGAAGAAAUACUGAAAUUGAGUAAAAUGUACUCAAAUUGAAAGAUCAUGAAAUAUAAAUUGAAAUCAUUAGAUAGAGAGUACAAAUAAUAAAAUAAUAUAUAGAAUCAAUAAUUUGAAAAUCAGUUAUAGGAAUCUGAUAGAUUUAAACAUCAGUAUACAUCUUAACUUAUUGAAUUAGAUGAAUUACGAAAUAAAUCAAUGAGAUUAGAAAAUUCUAUUAAUGAUCUUAGAAGGAAUGAAUAUAGAUAAUAAGCAGAAAUUAAUAGAUUAAAUGAUUUAGUAAGAGUGAAAGAUGAAGAAAUUAAUAAAGUUUAAAUAGACUAUAAAAAAAAUAUGGCUACAAUGACUUAAUAAAUGAAUUCCUUCAGAUCUUUAUUGUAAUUAAAAUAUUCUAUAAAAUAGUGAAAGAGAUAUUGAUACAUUAAAUAUGAAUAGAAAUAGGUUAGAAAUCGAAAAUAAAGAAGUUAUUGAUUAAAAAAUUGAAUAAUUAACUGAUGAAUUAAAUCUAAUCAAAAAAGAUAGAGAACAAUUAUAAUUGGCUUGUUCUUAAUUAACUUAAACAAAACUUGGAUUAGAAAAUAGAAUUAUUGUUUUAUAAGGCGAAAUUGAUAGAUUAAAUUAAUUAGUUAAAACAUAAAAUAAUGAAAUUAAUCAUCAUUUACAAACAUUAGAAUUGUAAAACGAUUAAAUUGAAUAAUUUAGAUAAUAAAAUGAGCUUUAUAAAAAAGAGAUGGAUGUAAUCAAAUUUUAUUAUUAUUUUAGCUUUUCAAAACAAACUCAAAUUCAAAUUUUCUAUUAUCAGGAUCACAAAAAAAGUUUGAUUUCAUUCCAAAUCAGCAUUCAGAUUCUAAUUGGAAUUGA